AUGAACUCGUUCGUGAACGACAUCUUCGAGCGCAUCGCGGGCGAGGCGUCGCGCCUGGCGCACUACAACAAGCGCUCGACCAUCACGUCUCGGGAGAUCCAGACGGCCGUGCGGCUGCUGCUGCCCGGGGAGCUGGCGAAGCACGCGGUGUCGGAGGGCACCAAGGCCGUCACCAAGUACACCAGCGCCAAGUAACCCGAUAAAGGUAUCGGAUUAAAAAGCAGAUUUUGCGGGAAAAGAAGAGGGAUGCAUCAGGCCGAAGAUGAUGCACAGACAUACAAUCCAGCCACAGUGAAAAUUUAUAAAGACUCAACUUUUGAAAACUACAGGGUUCAGUUGAAAAGAACUCAGCUCAUUCUCUUCCUUAGAACACUAAACCGCCUACGUGUGGUGAGGAUGGAAUUCAAGGCCACGCCCAUGCAAGGCAAGUGGCCAGCCACUGGGCUUUACUUCCGGCCUCCUCCUUAGCUUUACCAGGAAGGAAGCGUGGCAUCCUUCAUGAGCAGAAGUCCUUCAGUUUUGGAAGACUCGGUUAGAGCGUGUCUGAGAACUCUGCCUUCUCGGAGUGCUGCUCCCGGGACGCUGUAUGUGCGCAACGGGCUGAGAGUGGCCUGGUGUCUCCCGAUUCUGAGUACAGCGGCCGCUCCAUCUCCUGUUCGUGACCAGUCACAAGCAACUCAGAAUUGUGUGCUGCUGAUUCUUGCACCUAAGAGCUUUCUCUGAUGUUUUUAGUUUUGGGAAAGGAGGAAUAUGUACAAUAUUAAUUUUACUGAUUUGCCAAGAUGAUUUAUUUUUAUAUUAGAUUAAAGCAAUUUUAAUUAUAUUCAUGAGCUGGCUUAAGAGAGCUGUGGGAGCUCUUGGAGUAAAGGAGCUGGGUCUGGGAUUCCUUCUGUUUGCAGUUUUCUUUGUUUUCCCUCCUCCGCUGCCCACUGCUUUGCCUUGGCCCAUCCCUCUGGGGCAGAGGCAGAGUGCUGCCAGAGACAAUUGUAACGUUUCUAAAAUGGUGAGGCAGGGAUUUAAAAUGACAAAAUUGAAAGCUGGCUUUCAAUUUUCACUCUCAAAAAUGACACAUUGAAAGCUGGCUAGCUGAACUGUCUCAGGAAUCUUCAAAUAUAACUUUAAUGUACUUAUUGAGGCAAACUGCUAUAAACUUCAUAAAUAUAAAUAAGUCCCCCCUGCCCCAAAGUACUGAGGAUUGAACCUAAGACCUUCACACCGGGA